UUGCGACGGGCUGAUCCCCAUCCAAGGAUUCCUACCGACUGUGUAAAAGAUCAAGGAACUUAAAAGCGGCCACGGUCGAACAAAGGACUCCAGAGCCAUAGGUGAGAGAUGCCGUCAGAACUACUAAAACCUCCGAGUAAAGAGAUACUGGAGAGAGUGCGGGGUGAGUUUGGUCUGAAUGAAGAACGAGUGAGGGAAGCUGUGGAACAUCUGAAGGAUUGGAUACAGCUGCAGCCUCAUCUGCCUAAAGAAAUAAUUGCAGAUGAUGGCAGGCUGGAGCGGUGGCUGAUCCGUUGCAAGAACAGCACGGAGAGGGUCAAGGGGACGCUGGACCUGCACUAUACGCUGAAGACAAAGUUACCGGAUGCAAUGACUGGCUGGGACACACAUGCAGACUGGUUCAAAUCCAUAUCGAGUUCUAUUUUCUGCAUACCCAUGUCUCAACUCACUCCAGACUACGAUCGGGUAAUAUUGUUCGGACUUCAGACAUCCGACACCACACAUUAUAAUGCUCUGAACGCCAUUAAACUAUGUAACAUGAUAAUGGAGAUCAGAAUAUCUGAGGAUUAUUGUCUCUCGGAUGUUUAUGUAGUGGACCUAGAGAAGUACAGUCUGGGACACGUACGACAAGUGACCAUUCCGCUAAUAAGGAAAUUUGAAAUAUGUGUUUUAGGAGGAUACAAUUUUCGCAUUAAGGCGAUACACAUUUUGAACGCCCCACCAUAUGCUGAUGUUCUCAUUUCAAUGAUCAAACUUGUAUUCAAGUCCAAAAUUGCAGAGAGGAUACAUGUUCAUGGCAGCGACCUGACAACAUUCCUCGAUAGAGUGCCGAAAGAAAGCCUUCCUAAGGAAUAUGGCGGAGAAUGUGGCUCCAUAUCUGAUAACUGGGAUGGCUGGGCGAAGAAGUUAGAAAAUUACCAUGAUAUAUUCCUGAAACGUGAAAAAUAUAGGUCAGACGAGUCUAAAAGACAUGGUUGUUCCAUCAACGACAGCGAACUUUUAGGUUUUGAAGGAUCGUUCAGGAAGCUGGAACUUGACUGAUUCCAGCUCUGGCUGAAGAACGUCCUGACCCUACGAGUCGCUUCUGGACUGUAUCGUCAAGGGAAUGACGCUGCAAACUUGGAAGUAUGUCCUCGUUUGUUUUUCUAAUACCCUAACUUUGCUUGUAAAACCUAAACAACACAAAGUUGGGUCCCAAAUUUUGUCUGUGACUUAUACCGAUUUCUCGCUGGUUUCCUACCGCGGCGGCCCGGGUUCGAUCCCGGGUCUCGUCGAGUGGGAUUUUUGGUGGACAAAGUGGUG